CAGCCCUUUCUUUGUUAUAUCUGUAUAUGUCGAUAGCAGACCCGGUAUACACUCACUCGACUUCGCGGGCUCAACCAAGAGGGAGAACGAAACGAAGAGCGAUUACAUGCUUCCGUUAGGAGGCUGUUUGGGGGUAGAGAAAAGUUCUGUGAAUUUCUGGGAAAGUGGAAGAAAAUGGCGAGAGACGAAGAGGGAGAGAACUCAGAGAGAGGUAGCAACGGUUCUUCAACCAAAAUUAGCAGACUUAGAACGAGGCCAGACCCGUUCUUGGUGGCUUGUAGAUGCUUCGGCUUCAUUACGUCUGUGACUGCUAUUCUCUGCAUCGCCGUCAAUAUCCUCUCCGCCGUGCGUUCUUUCAGGAACGGAUCCGAUAUAUUUAAUGGGAUAUUUCGGUGUUAUGCUGUUUUGAUUGCCAUCUUCGUGGUUGUUGCCGAGACAGAAUGGGGAUUCAUUAUCAAGUUCUGGAAGGUCUUGGAGUAUUGGGCAGGGAGGGGUAUGCUGCAGAUAUUUGUUGCAGUGAUGACCCGGGCUUACUCUGACCAUUCUGAGGGGCGGAAAGACCUUGCUCUUCUCCAGAAUAUAGCAGGCUACCUGCUCCUUGCUUGUGGUGUGGUUUAUGUUGUAUCGGUAGGAUCACAAAAUCGCCUAUCUUUAUCUGGAAGCUUAUACAUUCGUACAUACACUUACUUCCCUGGUUUCCAUGCUGGCCCUAAAUAGUGAACAAUAUUCACCUUGUCUUUCAGUUACUAGAACUCAAAUGUUUGGCUGCACUAAAAGGUCUGUCUUUUGUGUGACUGCAUGUACUCUACUUGUGUUAUACAUAAUAUUUAUGGCCUCCUGUAGAGAGAUGUGGUCUAUUGCUUGACUAGUUCAUCAACUCUUAGUUUGAAAGGUCUGAUUUGGGUUUAUUGGGCUUAUGACAUUUUAUAUGUUAUCAAUUCAAGGGAAUUCUAUGCAUUGGUGUUGUCAAACGUGCUCGCCAAAAGAAAGAAGUUUCAAGGGAACAAGCAAUUAAGGAUCUACAGGAAUUAGAGCGUCGUAGAGAGGAACUUGAAGGGCUGCUAAUUGUAGAUGGGGCUUGAGACUAUGGUACCCUGAAACAAUCCCACAGUUCAAACUGGAGGGAUGAUUCUGGGAAAGUGAGACGUGUAUAUAUAUCUCACGGAUCUCACUUUUCAAUGAUUUUAUUCCUUGGACUCUGAUUUGUUUUCUUAGUUUGAUAAUUGAUACGAUCCUAUUCUUGUAUGAGAAGACUAGCGCUUUUGAUAUAUGCAACUGGCUUGUUAAUAGAGGAAUUUCAUUGAUUUUACAUCCAUA